CUGCUGUCCACAGCCUCCUGUGGUCCGAGCGACGGCCCACGAGCUGAGUAGAUAUGCUCAAGUUAGAUUCUACAACACGUGGUCCUUCACUGAGUAAGGCGUGGGAGGUUUCCAAGGCGCACAAGGGAGCUUUCAGCGGAGGAAAGGUCGAGCUCAGCAGGGAUGGCAAGUUCCUUGCCUGCCUGUACGAGUGGGACGUGUCCUUCGUCGACGUGGAGGAGGGGGUUGUGACCAAGCGCCUCAGAAGCGAGGGGAGCUCCGGAGGCGAGGAAGAAAUUGUAUCCUUUGCUCUGCACCCGAACGGGUCGGAGAUCGUGACCGCCAGCCGAAGUCUCCUACUACGGCAUUGGGAGAUCGCUACAGGGGACUGCAAGCGGGCCAUCAAGGCCCACGAUCACAUCGUCCGAUGCAUGGACUACGAUGGGUGGGUCCAAUGCUUCGCGUUCGCACUGCCGUCCCGUGGCCGUGUAACGCACCUCUAG